AUGGCUCGAUUUCUCGGCCUCAGAGGCACACGCCUGGCGAGUGCUAUUAGCAUUGUCUGUGGGCUUUGUUUCUUAUGUUUCGGCUAUGCGCAAGGUGUCAUGGGCGGUUUGUUGACGGUGCCUCAAUUUCUCGAACGCUUUCCUGAGGUCGAUAUUCUGGAUUCGACCGAGUUCAGGGACGCAUGGAUCACUGGUCUUACGGUCGGCUCGUGGCAUCUAGGAUGCUUCGUAUCUGCUAUCCUGACUAUUUUCAUCGGCGACUUGCUGGGACGCCGUCGAACGCUUCUGUUGGGUAUCACGCUCUGGACUGUCGGAGAGAUCAUACAGACGACUUCGUUCAGUUUUGCGCAAUUCAUUGUUGGGAGGGCAAUCGCGGGCUUUGGCAAUGGCUUCACCACCUCCACCGCCCCCGCCUACCAAGCCGAAUGCGUGAAGUCACACCGCAAAGGAACAAUCCUCAUGAUCAGCGCCGGUGCCUUCGUCUCCGCCGGUAUCGCCCUCUCAUACUGGCUCGUCUUCGGCUUCGCGUACAUCAGCAAUUCUUCCGCCGCAUGGCGUGUUCCCAUCGCUUUCCAAACCCUCUUCGCACUCCCCGCCAUCGCAAUGCUAUGCUUCCUCCCCGAGUCUCCCCGCUGGCUCAUCCUGACUGGUAGGGAGCAAGAAGCACUAAUCACACUGGCAGCGCUGAACGACGCCGACCCCGAUAGUUACGAGAUCAAAGACGAGUUCCUUCAGAUCAAGGACGCGAUCCUCGUCAUGGCGCAGGGCGACUCGUCAUCCCUGUUCAGCAACAAAGAGCGCCGGGGCUUCCACCGCGUGGUGCUCGCGUACUUUGUGCAAGUCUUCCAGCAGGGAACCGGUAUCAAUCUCGUCUUGCAGUACCUGAGCUGGAUCCUCUUGACACGCAUGGCGUACUCUGGAGGGACGGCCCGGUUACUCGCUGGCUGUUCGGCGACGGCGUACUUCCUCGCCAGUUUCGUUACAGUCGUUGGUAUUGAUCGCUUCUGGGGGAGGCGCUCGCUGAUGAUGUUCGGUGCUGCGGGCAUGAGUAUGUGCAUGGUUCUCUUGACUGUGCUGCAGUACUUGUGGAUUGAGCAUAACGUUAGCGGGACACGGGUCGCAAGCACCGUCUUCCUCUUCUUGUUCUCGGUUUUCUUCGCCAUUGGGUGGCAGGGUAUGGCGUGGCUGUAUCAGGUUGAAAUCGUGCCACUGAGGAUUCGCGGUCCGGCUAAUGCAUUGAGUACGAGUGCCAACUGGAUGUUGAAUUUUGUCGUCGUCUUCAUAACCCCCAUCGUCUUCCUCCAAAUCAGCUGGCGCACCUGGAUUAUCUUCGCCGCGACAAACUUCGCCAUAAUCCCGCUAGUCUACUUCUUCUACCCCGAGACUGCCUUCCGUUCCCUUGAAGAAGUAGACGUCCUCUUCUACCUCGCCGAUGAAUCCCCCGGCAACCCCUGGCUAAGCGUAGUGCGAAUCUCGUCCUCGGAACCCCUCUGGUUCGGCGAGCGCGGCGAGAAAACAGUCGGCAUGAACUACUCCGACUCAUCGUGGCACCGGCAGCUAAUGGGCAGUUCCUCCUCUUCGGGCGUGUCGCCGUACACAGAGAAGCGCCACAAGCCAGGAAGCGAUAGCACGUCGUCGUCGCCGCGCGGGCUCACCUCGGAUACAUACCGCCCCGCUGACCCUGAGAGCCCCAUCGAUCCCAUGCUUACUAGUGUGCUGUCCCGCGAGUCGACACUCACGACUACGAUUCGCAGCGAUGCAAAUACGAACUUUGCACGCAAGAUAAGGAAGGGCAGUAAUAGUGCGCCGACUUCGCCGGAGCCUGAUCAUCCGCUUUUUCAGCACCCGAUGCUGGCGCGAAGGGAUGAGUCGGAGUCGCCACCGCGUGGGCGCAGUCGUCCGAGAGAUGCGCUGUCCAAGGAGAUGGGAUUCGGUGAUGCAAGACCCAGCACCGCUGCGUCAGACCGCCAGCAGUACUUCCGCCGCUUGUCUGAGAGUCGCUAUAGCGAAGCGGAUGUGGGCCGUUUCGUGGAUCCCGACGUGAGUUAUCCCGGGCGGAUUGGCGCGGGGAUCACGCGCACCGCGAGCGGGAGGGAGACGUAUCUUCCUGAUGGGGUUGCGAGGGAUGCCGGGCGGGCGUGCUAG